CCCACUCUCUCCAGUCAAUCAACUUCAACUGUGUGUUCUGGCCCAUCGUUCAAUUUACUCUUCCCGCUAUUAAAUUAAAUAUCUUAACAAAUGUGCAGAAAGCCACAAGGGCUUCCCCCAGAGUUUACCCAGGGAUGAUGGCAGGGGGUGAUCCUAUGAGCUGGAUAUAUAAGCUGGAAAAGAGACCAUUGGUGGCUCAGAAGAUUUCUCCUUCAGAUUGGAUCCCCCUUUGAAGGUUGCUUCUCUCCUUGAUUGGUUUCCAUCCAUUUCUUCUUAUCCUGACCUCAGGUUUGAAGAUGUUUCUCAUCACUUGCUUCGUCUUUGGCCUUUUGGGCAGCCUUACCUGGGCAGCAGGUCCGCGUGGUCGGACUGCCUGUCCUUCUGGCACUUUUGCCUAUAAAGACGGAAGUGAGUGGAAUUGCUUCAAGUUCUAUGAAGAUCAGUUCACCUUUGAAGAUGCUGAGCAAGAGUGUCAGUUCAAAUGGAAAGGCCAUUUAGCAUCUUUCAAAUCUGACAAGCAGACAAAAUCCGUUGGUGCCUAUGUCAAUACAGAAAGCAUAGAACGUGGUUGUGUCUGGAUUGGGCUCCGACGAGAUGCAGGUUCUAGUGUGACUACUGGAUGGCGCUGGAUUGAUGGAUCACGAGACAUCUAUAGAAAGUGGGGGUAUAAUGAACCCAACAACUUGCAUUCUAAUGAGUAUUGCACCUGUCUCCAUCUUUCAUCUGGGUUCUUGACUUGGAUUGAUAUAGACUGUAACAACCGUCUGAAUUUUCUCUGCAAAUGGAAACCCUCUUAAGCCAAGUCUGCAGAUGGAGUUGGGGGGCUCCCCAUUGAUUGGAAAGCUGAGCUGAGAUCUUGUGUUUCCAUCUUCUUCAUGUGCAAAACCUCUUCCACAAAGACCAUCUGAAGGUCAAGCAGUUGGUUCCUCUCUGUCCUCUAGACUUGCUUCUCUUCCCCUCUUUCUGAAGAACUUGCCCCCCCCUUGAUAAUAAAGUCUAUUGCUCUGC